AUGUCCAUCCGCACCUACGUCUACGACAACCUGAACGCCGAGGAGCGCGUCGAGAUCCUGAAGCGCCCGAGGGUCGACUUCACCGCCAUCCUCGGCACCGUCGCGCCCAUCGUCGACGCGGUCGCCACCAGGGGUGACGCCGCCGUCAGGGAGUACACGUCCAAGUUCGACGGCGUGGACCUCGACGCCGUCGUGGUGAGGGUCGAGGACCUCCCCGACCCGAUCCUCGACGACGACGUCCGCGAGGCGUUCGACGUGGCGUACGAGAACAUCAAAAAGUUUCACGAGGCGCAGAAGGACGUCGCGGAUGUGGACGUGGAGACGAUGCCGGGCGUGAGGUGCAGGCGGGUGAGCCGACCCAUCGGUGCGGUGGGCCUGUACGUGCCCGGGGGUACCGCCGUGCUCCCGUCCACCGCGCUCAUGCUCGCCGUGCCCGCGGCCAUAGCCGGGUGCAAGAGCGUGGUGCUCGCGACGCCGCCGAGGAAGGACGGCAGCGUCGUUCCGGAGGUUCUGUACGUCGCGAAGAAGGCGGGGGUGACGCACAUCCUCAAGGCUGGAGGCGCCCAGGCGGUCGCGGCGAUGGGCCACGGGACGGAGACCUGCCCCAAGGUUGACAAGAUCUUCGGCCCGGGUAACCAGUUCGUGACGGCGGCGAAGAUGACGCUGCAAAACUCGGAGGCUAUGGUGUCCAUCGACAUGCCCGCGGGUCCCUCCGAGGUGCUGGUCAUCGCCGAUAAGGACGCGCACCCGUCCCACGUCGCCGCGGACCUCCUCUCCCAGGCUGAGCACGGCCCGGACUCCCAGGUUGUCCUCGUCGUCACCCCGGAUGUCAACCUCGACGAUAUCUGCGCGGCGGUGGCCAGGCAGGCUGCGGCGCUGCCCAGGUCCGACAUCACCGCCAAGGCUCUGGGCCACUCCUACGCGGUGGUCGUCCCCGACAUCGCCGCCGCGUGCGAGUUCAGCAACCGAUACGCCCCCGAGCACCUCAUCGUCAACGUUGAGAACGCGGAGUCCCUCCUCCCUUCCCUCGACAACGCCGGCUCUGUCUUCCUCGGGAGGUACACCCCGGAGAGCGUCGGCGACUACGCGAGCGGCACCAACCACGUGCUGCCCACCUACGGGUACAGCCGCAUGUACUCCGGGGUGUCCCUCGACUCGUUCGUGAAGUACAUGACGGUGCAGGAGCUGACCAAGGAGGGUCUGGACAGGCUCGGACCGUCCGUGGCGAGGAUGGCGGCGGUGGAGGGGCUCGAGGCGCACAGGCAGGCGGUGACCCUCCGCCUGGGAAUCGAGUAA